AUGUUCUACGCUAAGUUCAGGCCGAUCCUGGGUCUUCAUCCACCCGCUUUGGCCAUCCGCUCCCUAUUUACAGGAACGGCUCUCCUAGCGCUCUCCUAUCGCGUGCAUAGCUACAACGCUCGACCGGCUCUCAUGGAUACUAGUGCUCAGUAUUCCUCCUUCCUUGGGGGAAUGUCGCAAGUCGAAGGGCCUUGCCCUGGAGAGGAAGGCUUCCUCCUGAUCUCCUUCCUUGGUAUGGCGGGCCGAUUGGAAUCGUGGUUAAUCACUACGUUCUCCAUCUUACUGGUGCAAAUCAAAGAAAACUCACUUGUCAUUCGAGUUGAAAUCGUAUCAUUUACGAUGUCUCCUCAAUUGCCUGCCGCUCCUGAGUCUAUAGAUGUCAACGCACCCGUUACGCAAACCCGGGAAUGUUCGCAUCAUGGCGCAGCAGUCCGGCGCAGGUCAGGCCGGCCCUCUCAUCCACUUCAACGGUAUUAUAGUCGUCAUAACUUUCCAAAGCCCAUAAGGCACUCCGAAUUGCGGUUCAAGGCUCGUAACUCUGCAAGACAACUACUUGGUCGAGAUCCUUUUGGCAGGAGACGUGAACUCUGCCAUUCAAGCAGUUCCGCCAGUAGUGGUGAGCAAAAUGCAGCCUGUCUCUCUAUCAAACCAUACCCUUCUGAGGGAAGCCUUCUCGAACAGUCCGCCAAUAUUCCUCAGAUGAUUACGCCGAAUGCCAGGGAAUCCACGUUUACCGACACUAUGAGUGCCCCAUUCAACUUUACAAAGUCUCCUCUUUGGUUGGGGAAAACGUUGGCUGCACCUGCAGCUUUCCCUGAAAAGGAGCCUUGGGUGAUUAGGAACCCGCACAACCCAUUUGCCUCGGACACGAUCAGUCACACAGAUUCAUGCCUUUAUGCGACUUAUCCAUCCCAGAAAGAGUGUACAAGAGCUCAAGCAAAUCAGCGGCAUUAUUCCAACAGUUUGGUGCCAGGUCAAAACCAAUCUUAUCCCAUGACUGUUGGGUUUGGCUUAACUCACAGGCCGAGCACGACCGAAACAGACGAGUUCUCGCGAUUGUUACAAACGAUCGAAUUACACUCACGACAAUCGAAGGGCAUAGCGGACUUGGUCGCUAGCUACCUCGAGAGAGAGGCAAGUUAUUCGGAUAUUAAUCCAGAAGGCGGCGAUGUCAUCAACAAGUUCUUCACCAAACCACUCCGCCAGCUAAAUCAGGAUUCCGAAGGUAGCCUCCAAGUUGCGUCCCUUCCAGGCGGUGGUGACAGCCCCGAUCCGCCUCGAACCCCAUUCCGCGGACAUAUGAUAGAUCGUAUCGAUUCAGGAGGGGCCGUGGUCGGUUUAGAUGAAAAUAAAAGUGGCCAAGGAAGGACUACAGCAAGUCAAGAAAACAUCCCCCAAAAUGAAGGCCCUGGUAUUGCUAGAGACAGUCAAGUUUGUGAGCUUCUACAGGGUCCAGCUUUGAGCACGUCCGAGUUUGGUGGCUUUUAUGAUACGUUCGUUCCAAGCGUGGCUUCAGACAACUCGUUUCCGAGGAAAAGGCCAAUCCCAAAUAUCGGAGAUGCGUGCCAAAACAAGCUCGAUUUACCCGCUGGCUGUUACAGCCAACAGGUGAAAACUUAUACUGAGAAAUCCGACCCUUGCGAAAAUUCUCCGUACAGUUCGAACUGCCGGGGAUGCCGCCCAAAGAGAGUCAAAGUUGAUCAUUUCACAGGACAGCCCGACUCAGUUUACCAAAUCGGCGUAGACCACAAACCGCUUGAGGCUCCUCUAACCACGCAAGGUCCCCGUCCGCACCACAGUGAAACGCUUUCUGAGAUAUCGCAGUCGUCAGAAAAGCCAUACUCUGCCCCGACAACACCUGGCUACCAGCGGAUGUAUGGGACGAGGCAGAAAAGAUAUGCCGUCCCACCUCUUGCAGAUAUCCCACCAAAUUGUGCCUGCCGACCCAAUUGUUCAUGCUCAUCACCCUGUCAAUGUGGGCAAGACACAAAUGUUGAAAUGAGAAUGGCAAAUACUCCCUCCUCACAACCACCUCUUGGGAUAUCAACCAAAUCACUUAUGACUAACUCACAAAAUUGCGCUUGUCAGCCUCAUUGUUCAUGCCCACUGCCCUGUCAAUGUGGCCAGGACGCUGAUGCUAAAACUGGAAGAAAUACCUCCCUGUCUGUGCAACAACCACUUGGGGCACCAAUUUGCGCUUUCCCACUUUUUCAGAUUACGCCUCAAAAGCCAGAUUUGCCUGUUGAUGAAAUACAUUCUUCCCAAUUUCCCCAAUGUGGCAGCUGUGCGUAG